AUGAGCAAAUUUAUUAUUCUUGCCCUAAUUUUCGGAGUUUUUUUCUCUCAAGCUCUCCAAGAGAAGAAUUUGAAAGUAUACACUUUUGAGUAGUAUGUAAAAGAAUUCAAUAAAAAUUAUGGAUUCAAUUCUGAAGAUUAUUAAUUGAGAAAAUCUAUCUUUGAAAGAAACUUAGCUGAAAUCAUUGAUUUUAAUAAUGACCCUAACCACUCCUAUAAAAAGGGUGUCAACUAAUUUACGGAUUAAACUUAAAACGAGCUUAAGGAGAAGACUUUAGGCUACAGUAAAAAUAUGAACAAAAUUAGACCUUUCCGUAAUCUUUCUGUCAAACCUAUCGAAAUUACAGAAUAGUAAUUAAAGGAUUUACCUACUCAUGUUGAUUGGAGAGAAAAAGGAGUUACUACCCCAGUUAAAGACUAAGGUCAUUGUGGUUCUUGUUGGGCUUAAGCUUCUGCUGCUACAAUUGAAGCUCAUGCUGCAAUUAACUCUGGAUAAUUAAAAAUUUUAUCUACCUAAUAGCUUGUAAGUUGCGUUCCUAACCCUUACUAGUGUGGUGGUACUGGUGGUUGCUAAGGUGCUAUUUCAGAAUUAGCUUUUACCUAUGUCUAAUUGUAUGGUUUGACUUCUGAAUUCAAAUAUCCUUAUCAAAGCUACUUUUCAGGUAAUACAGGAAACUGCACAUAUGAUUAAUCAAUAACUACUCCCGAAGUUAGUUUAGAUGGAUAUGUAAAAUUGCAAGCUAAUGACUACAAUGCUUUGUUAUAUGCUGUAGCCACAAUUGGUCCUUUGGCAGUUGCAGUAGAUGGUGCUAAAUGGCAUAGUUAUUAAUCUGGUAUUUACAAUGGAUGCGAUUACUCUUAAAACAUAGAUGUCAACCAUGUUGUUGUUUUAGAAGGUUAUGGAACUGAUCCUGAAUUAGGUGAUUAUUGGUUAAUUAGAAACUCAUGGGGAACCUCCUUUGGAGAAAAUGGUUAUAUCAGACUUGCUAGAGAAUCAAAGGUAACUUGUGGUACUGACUACAGUCCUUUAGAUGGAUAAGCUUGCUCUGGAUAAAAUAUUCCAACUAAAGUAUGUGGACAAUGCGGUGUUGCUUAUGAUUCUGCUUAUCCCGUAAAUGUUUAAGUUAUUGGUUGA